GAUGUUCUUCGAAAAGUGCAGAUCGAUUAGUGGAUCAUAUACGCAAUUGAGCUAGUUCAGUGUUUUUGUGAACGUAAGUUGAAAUAUUUUCAGUUAGAAGGGUGCGUGUCAAAGUGGUUGGUACACGACUAGUUCUCUCACGUUUAAAUUUUACUUUUACGGAUAUCCCGGGCAAUGUUCUUUUGUGUUACGUUGCUAUGUAGUACGUAAAUGAAGCGACGACGUGUAGCGUCGCAUGUUAAAAGGAUAUCGCUUGUGAGAACAAUGAGAAUGGCGCGCAAAUGUUGCGUGCGUAGCUGUGAGGCCGAUGUGCAAGAUGCGCGUGCUAAAGGGUUACCGCUUCAUAAAUUUCCAAAAGAUAUUAAUUUAAGAAACAGAUGGUUGACUAGUGGUGGAUUCGAAGCGAGCUUUAAACCUUCACCAGGUCAGGUUGUUUGUCAUAGACACUUCAAACGAGCCGACUACGAAGCUGCUAAAGGACAUAAAUUACUUCUACGUAAGGGCAGCGUUCCGUCGGUUUUUGCAGACUAUGACAAUCAUCCAGAUCCUGUAAUUAUGUCUGUAAAAUCAUCAACUUCUUAUGCACAGGAAGAUUUAGAUCUUAUUAAUUCUGAAAUUCUGAACUUAGAACAAUCUACCUCUUCACUGAAUUCUGGUCUCAAAACAUUAAAGUCUAAUAAUUGUGGAGAAACAUGUUCUUCUCGACCAGAACCAUCAGUUAAUUCCUUCAAUUUACUAGAUUCAACAGAAUUACUUGAUAAUGGAUAUAGGACCUGUAGUGUGAAACAAGAAAAUGUAUGUACUGUGCAACAAGAGAUAAAUAAAAAUUCAGAAAUAGAAGUGAAUACUAUGGCAGUGCAAUUAGGCAUUGUUGAAUCUGAUAUAGCAAUAAAACAUAUACAAAAAGAUUUGGCCAUUAAAGAGGAACUGAAAAGUAUGGAAGUCGAAGAUGAAAAAAUAUUUGAUAAACCAGAAGAAUUAAAACCAAAAAUUUUUAAUCGAGGUGGACUAAAAUUUUUUCCUGGAGCCAAAUUGGAAGCAAAAGAUUUCAAUGAAAAAUGGUAUUCAGCAAAAGUAGUUGAAACUGAUUGGGAUGAACGAGAAGUAUUGAUACGUUUUGACAAGUGGAGUUCAAGGUUUGAUGAAUGGAUACCAAUGGAUAGUUCAAGAUUACGUGUAUUGCAAACACAAUCAAACGAACAAACCUGGAAUCUACCAUCUCAGGAAACAAAAAUGAAAGAUUUUUCAAUGGGAGAAAGGAUACUUGCUACGUGGGCUGAUGGUAGAAAAUAUCCAGCUAAAGUAAAUGCCGUCUUAGGAAACGAUAGAUAUGAUGUACUGUUUGAUGAUGGAUAUACAAAGACAAUUAAAUCGUCAAAAAUGACAAAAAUCGCUACAACAGUCACAAAGCAAACUAGUCAAACUGAAGAAUAUAUAGGAAGCAAGCAAGAAAGAAGAGAUAAGAAAAGAAAGCAUACAGUGAUGGAGUUAUUUCAUACACAUUAUAGAAGACGUUCAAAAAAUGAAACAGAUAAAUUAAUAAAAAAGGAAGGAAUUAUAGUUAAUGAAAAUGUAGAAUGCUUUUCGGAAAAUAAAAUUGAUUUAGAUGGAACUUUAUUUGGGCCUUGCUAUGAUCCAGGCACAGAUUUAUUACGUGGGUUUGACACCAAUGUAUCUAAAAUGAAAGCUUAUCCUAAAAAAAGUAAAAAGGAAGUAUCUAAGAGUGAAAUAGAUCAAGUAGAAGAUGUGGGUCCCGAAUGGAUUGAUGGAGAACCUCAGGGAACUGAAUCUUAUAUAGUGGAUGGAAAUGAUGGACCACGUCGAUCAAUAAUAGUUGCAGACAGAAGAUUACCACCUGGAUGGCAAAAACAUUUUACUCAAAGAAAAGCUGGUACAUCAGCUGGAAAAUGGGAUGUCUUAUUUCUUCAUAAAUCAAGUGGAAAAAAAUUUAGAUCAAAAAAUGAUAUUAGGGCAUUUAUGGAAAAUCAGGGGCAAUUCGACUUUGAUCCAGAAAAAUUUGAUUUUUGCAUUCAUCGAAAAAAGAAAAAUCAAAGUCAAAAAGUAAAACAAGAUAUCGUUGUGGAUACUCCAAAAAAGAUUAAGACUUUAUUGCCUAAAACAAAGGCAACACCAAUAACUGAGAAUUCUUUACCUGUUCCCCCAAGUACACCAGUUACAACAUUAUUAUCUACAUCAAGUACAUCUAUUAAAGAUGGUGCUGUUUUUAUUGGUGGACUUCGAGUAGAAAUGGAGGACAGUGCUUAUAAAUGUCCGAAACAAGGGUGUAGUAAAACAUUUAGGAAGGAAAAUCUUCUACAAAUGCAUAUAAAACAUUAUCAUCCAGAAUAUUCGAAAUUUUUGGGAUCUACGCCAAAUGUUGCAGAUUUAGCUUAUGCAAGAACAAUUGGGGAAUCUGUUGAAGAUAUUAUUCCAAAAAAGUCAAAUAAUUUGUUAGAAAAGUGCAAUAAAUUUGGGAAGAGAAAAUUUAUUCAAGAUAAAUCAUUGUAUGUUUCAUCAUCUUCUGUAACAAAUACUCUUCAACCUAUAUCGCCAACAGCAAUUGUACCAACAACAGUAGAAACAGAGGAUGAAGUAGACCAAAUGGAAAAAUCCAAUGAUGUGCAAACAGACGAUAUUAAAAUGGAUAGAAUGUCUCCAAGUUCUAGUCAUAGUUUAGAUAUGGAUGAUGAAAUUGAACAAAAACAGGAAGAUACGUGUGCAAUGUCACCAGGAACACUAUUUGAUAUGAAAAUUAGGGAAGAAAAAACGCAAAGUGGCAUUAAGACACUUCUUCCGGUAAGACCAGCCAUGUCUUCAGAAGCACAGCGAAUUGAUAGAUCAAAGUCUUUAGAUGAAGCUAUUCAUAUCGACAAAAUAAAAGGUCAAAGGAAACGACAAUUAUCAGAAUAUAGUUCUGAUGCAUUAAACAGAAGUAAAAGGCGACAUGAAUUUCCGGAUGAGUAUGGUGAUUUAGAUGAUAGUACUAUGGAUAUAGAAGGAGCAGGACCGACUACACCCACGUAUAGGUAUAGUCGCAGAAAAUCAGAUUCAAAAUCAGAUGAAAAUAGCCAAAGUAGUCAACUAAACGAUUCGCGUGUUGAAAAGGAUGAUCCUUUGAAAGGGAAUAUUGGUAAAAAAGAUACUAAUGAUGGGGAAGAGAAUGAAGGAGUUAUGAUGAUGAUCAAUGGUGAAAUGGUGAAAGUGGAGCAGCUUCGUAGGGAAGAAAUAAUAAAUUGCACUUGUGGAUUUAUGGAAGAAGAUGGUUUAAUGAUUCAAUGCGACCUUUGUUUGUGUUGGCAACAUGGUCACUGCAAUGCAAUAGAAAAGGAGAGGGAUGUACCUGAGAAAUAUGUUUGUUUUAUUUGUCGGAAUCCAUAUCGGCAACGAUUAUCCAAAAAAUAUUUUCAUGAUCAAGAUUGGAUAAAGGAAGGGAAGCUACCAACAUUAUCUAGCCGAACAAAAAAUCAGCAUCGAGUUAAUCAAAGAACAGCUAUGUUAAAACGUUCUUAUGAUCUAGUUGCUGCUCUUUUACACAUUCAGCAAGUUUUACACAGUUUAAGAGUAAAAAUCAAUGUAGCUCAAAAGAAAGAUCAUCCAAAGCUAUAUCUGUGGGCCAAAAAUUGGGAAAAAGUUGAAGUACCAAAACCAAAUGUUACACUAGUACCAAUCAUGGAGAUUAUGAAAGUAGGAAAAGAAUGUACAGAUAUUCCAAGUGAAGGUUUUCAUCGAACUGAAGUAAAAACGGAAGCAAAGUUCAGUUUAAGAGAUGAUCAUGAUGAAAAGUCGAUAGCCUCAGAUUCAGAAUUAAUGAAGAUAUUAGAAGAAGAUAAUAUAACUCCAGAUGAAUCUAAAAUUAACGGCAAAAAGGAAGAUAUUAUACAUCAAACUAAAAGUAAUAUUCUUCUCGAUGCACUUACGAAAAAUGAUACUUCAGAAGGAAAAUAUACAAACUCAUUACCUUCAGAGGUGAAAACAGAUACAGAUUUGUUAACCAAUCAAUCAGAUAUAUACGAGAAUAACGUAUCACCGACAACUAUAUCAGCGAAUCACAUGCAUGAAGAACUAAAUGAACAUGAAAUGUCAGCACCGUUGCAACCUUUCAUACCACAACCAGAAGCGCCAAUUGACCCAGGAGAAUGUCGAAUGCGAUUAUUAGAACACAUAGAACAUUUUCAGCAUCAUAUAGAUGCAAAAUUAACAUUUAUCGAGGCAGAAGUUUGUGCUUUAGAAGCUAUGGAUCCUGAAGAUACAUCUACCUUAGAUGUUGAGCCCCGAACUAAACAAACGGUUCAAAUGCUUGUUCGAGAUUUAAACACCGUACGAAAAUUAGCUGCUUUAUGUCGAAUAUAAAUAAUAUUUUUAGAAAAUAUUUAGAAAUAAGAUUUCUAAGAAUAUAGUCUGUAUGUGUAGAAAUUCUAAUAUGAAUCUAAAAUCUUAUUUUUUAUAAUGUUGAAGAAUUAUUAUGAAUAUAAUUUUGAACAGCUCAGUGGAUACUCAAUUGAGACUUACAGUUAGGAACACCAUACAGCUGUAUUUUAUAUUGUAAAUAUACACUGUUUUAUGUGCAAUUGUAAUUAAAUUGAUUAAAAAAUUAUUUGUAUGUAAA